CUCAGAGCGAUUCGUCGACAGCAGAACAUUGGAUCAUAAAUUUGGCAAUGGCUGCCCUCAGGCACCUGCUGCAGCGCGCAGCAUUCGUCAACCUCCCGCAUCGAUCGUGCUCCAGCACUCCGAUUGUGGCGUACAAGUUUCCAUUUCUCUCGAAAUUCACCUCGGGAUUUUCCACCCACGAGCCUUCGGAUUCGUUGCCGGUUGCAGGAAGUCCCGUCGUCGGUGCAGCGGAUGGUGCCGUAGAUCAGUCGGUCGUAGAACCAGACUUGAAUGGCGAGGACGGCCUAUCUUCAUUUAAGCCUCGAGUGGCCAAUUUGCCCGAGGAUUUGACGCCUGAACAAUUGAGCGAGAUCAGUGCCGUCGAUGGAUCGUCCUCUUUGGCGAAGAAGUUCUCUCAGAAAGAAGGGCAGGAUGAGGACGUCGCCUUGCCUUACUUCACUAAAGCGGCGCAGGUGAAGGGGAAGGAGCCUAUGGUGUUGGCGGAGGCGAUCAAGGAGUUGAAGGCUGGCGCUAAAGCUCGUUUCGAUGAAACCGUGGAAGUCCACGUGCGGCUUGGCAUAGAUACUCGCCGAAGUGACCAGAUGGUUCGGGGAGCUGCAACUCUUCCGCAUGGUACAGGCAAGGUCGUCAGGGUGGCCGUUUUUGCCGAAGGAGCCGCAGCUCAGGAAGCCGAGAGUGCAGGUGCUGACGUGGUCGGAGCAGAUGACCUUAUCACCAUGAUUCAAGAGAGUGGCGGCAAGCUGAACUUUGACAAGUGCAUCGCCACACCCUCUUUCAUGCCCAGACUUGGCAAGGUUGCGCGUAUUCUAGGGCCUCGGGGACUCAUGCCAAACCCGAAAGUUGGGACCGUGACUAACAAUGUCGGGGAGGCCGUGAGGGCAGCGAAGCAAGGUCUUGUGGACUUUCGAGCGGACAAGUCUGGAAUCGUGCAUGCCGGCCUCGGAAAGGUUAGCUUCAAGGACGAGGCUUUGUUCGCGAAUAUAGCAGCUUUCACAGGAGCUCUAUUGGCCGCGAAACCAACGGGCUUGAAGAAGACCUCCAGAUAUGCCGGUUAUGUCAACAGCUUCACGCUCUCAUCCACGAUGGGCCCUGGAGUACGAGUCACCAUUCAGUCUGUGGCGCAAGCUGCCGACGGCUACAUGAAAUCUGCAGAAGCUAGAUGAGGACAUGAUGAAGAGCUGAGCGUGUCACAAGGCGCUCCCUGGGGAGGUUUUGGCUCUUCGUUUGAUGCCGCAACGAGAGUCUGCGGAAGCCUGGAAGCCUGGAAGCCUGGAAGACCUGCGGAACGUACGCCACGAAGGAGCCUGAUGUGAUGGAGAACAAGGCUUUGGAGCUUCAGUGGGAAAUUGAAGAGAUGUUCCACUCUGCCGUCUACAAGUGAUGGUAUAUUCAGGUCGGCAGUCGGCGGGUGUCACACGAGAAAGUUCUGUACAUAGAAAUUGAAGUGGCUGUCUGCCCAUUUGACACAAUUUUGAGUACCGCUCCGAUGGGGUCGGAGCAGUCUUUAUCUCAGCUGGCAGCCCAUCCCUUCGUCGAUGGUCGUGAGAAAUUUGAACCCAGAGACUCUAGCUUUCCCUCAGGUGAUGAGUCACAACCACCGAUUCACAUGAGAAUCAAAUGAAAUUUCUGUUGACGGGAUUCACAAUUCGCGCUGCUAAUGAGCUUGUUAUACUGAGAAAUAAAACUCGUCGAGAGAUUUCUCCUUCAAAUUCU